GUCCCCGGCACGGCUGGCACCGUCCCCGGCACGGCUGGCGUCGCCGACCGCGGCCGGCGCAUGGUGCUCUGGAGAUCCCAGCCGAAGAGAGGAGAGGAAGCAGCUUUUGCCGUCGCUGUGUUUCAGCCCCUGAGCCAAAUGCAUCUUGACAUUAGGAAAGGAAUACAUUUGCUCAGCCCGUGUAGUAACACUGCGGCUAUUCCCACUUGUCUGUUUGACGACGCCGCUCCUGUGCUGGAGGCUGCCCGGAGCCUGGAGGAUCGGCUGCAGCAGCUCCAGCGCCUCGAGCCCGAGCCGCCGCCCCUGAAGGAGCUCAGCCGGCCCUGGAAGAAGCACCCGGAGCUCGGCAGCACCAAAGAGCGCAGGGAGGGGAAGUCGCCGGCAGCCGAGCCCCCGCUCCCCGGCCUCGACGGCAAAGCGCCCAGCACAGAGACCUCGCUGCAGAGAAAUGAGGCAGACAAGCAAAAGGGCCUGCAGGAAGCUCAGGUCACCUUGGCCGCUCGGCUGGGGGAGGCAGAGGAGAAGAUCAAAGUGCUCCACGCAGCGCUGAAGGCCACCCAGACGGAGCUGCUAGAGCUGCGCUGUAAAUACGACGAGGAAGCGGCGUCCAAGGCAGAUGAAGUCGCCAUGAUCAUGACCAACCUUGAAAAAGCCAACCAGCGGGCGGAGGCGGCGCAGAGGGAAGUGGAGAGUUUGCGGGAGCAGCUGGCGGCCGUCAACAGCUCCCUGAGCCUGGCCUGCUGCUCCCCGACGGGCACCACGGGGGACAAAGUGAACUAUUCCAUGUGCUCAGGGUCGAGGCUGGAGGCAGCUCUGGCUGCCAAGGACCGGGAGAUCCUGCGGCUCCUGAAGGACGUCCAGCACCUGCAGAGCUCGCUGCAGGAGCUCGAGGAGUCCUCUGCCACCCAGAUCGCCGAGCUGGAGGGGCAGCUGGCCGCCAAGAACGAGGCCAUCGAGAAGCUGGAGGAGAAGCUGCAGGCACAGGCUGACUACGAGGAGAUCAAAACAGAGCUGAGCAUCCUGAAGGCGAUGAAGGUGGCCUCUGCCGGCUGCAGCCUGCCCCAGGCAAGUGCCGCGGCGCGUCCCGAGGCGCUGGCCGGGCUGUGCCAGCCCUGCCGACGGUGCCUCCGCCGCCUGUCCCCAUCUCGGCUUGGCUCCUUGCAGAGCAUCUCGAAGGCAGAGGAGGCCCUGCUGCUGGGGAAGGAGGCUUUCUACCCCUCCCAGAAGUACCUGCUGGAGAAGCCCAGCCUGCUGACCAGCACUGAGGAGGAUCACUCCGAAGACGAGUCAGGGAAGGAUCCACUGGGCAUGGAGCAGCCGUACCCAUCCCCUCACCACGCCCCGGCCGAUGACCCCGCAUCCCCCACUCCCCUCCCAACGCUGCCUGGCCCUGGCAUGGCCCCCGAUGGUCCCCGGACUUUCUCGCUGUCCCCCUUCCCGGGGGGCGAGCGUCUUUCAGGGGACCCCAAGGCUCCCCACCUCCCGCUGCCCAGCUACAAGAGCGAGAGCAGCAGUGGGGCACCGCCCUUCCCCUCCUCCUUCUUCGGGGCCAAAAGCAGCACCGUGCACCCCGUCCCCGUGCCGGCUGCCAGUGCCACCAGCCCGCCCGGCGAGCCCUCCGAGGGCAGCGCCGGCAGCUCCACCGAGGAGGAGCAGCUGGACACGGCCGAAAUCGCCUUCCAGGUGAAGGAGCAGCUGCUGAAGCACAACAUCGGGCAGAGGGUCUUUGGGCACUACGUGCUGGGGCUGUCGCAGGGCUCCGUCAGCGAGAUCCUGGCACGGCCCAAGCCCUGGCACAAGCUGACGGUGAAGGGCAAGGAGCCGUUCAUCAAGAUGAAGCAGUUCCUCUCCGACGAGCAGAACGUGCUGGCCCUGAGGACUAUCCAGGUGCGCCAGAGAGGUAGCAUCACGCCACGGAUCAGGACACCGGAGACCGGCUCCGACGACGCCAUCAAAAGCAUCCUGGAGCAGGCAAAAAAGGAGAUUGAGUCGCAGAAGGGAGGGGAGCCCAAAACGCCGUCGGCGUCGCAGGCAGUGGCCAACGGGGCGGGCGGCAGCAGCUCGGAGGACGCCAUCAAGAGCAUCCUGGAGCAGGCGCGGCGGGAGAUGCAGGCGCAGCAGCAGGCGCUGCUGGACAUGGAGUCGGGGGCCAGCGGGCGCGGGGGGGACGCGGCGCCCGCCGAGCGCUCCACGCUGGCCACCGUCAGCCAGAACGUCGCCCCCGCCUACGUCAAGCAGGAGGAGGGCAGCGGGGCCAGCCCCGGCCCGCCGCAGACGCCCCUGGCCGUGCUCUCCCCCGCCGCCUUCGUCCAGAGCAUCAUCCGGAAGGUGAAGUCGGAGAUCGGCGACGCCGGCUCCUACUUCGACCAGCACUGGGCGUCGGAGCGGAGCCUGCUCAGCCGGCCCUACACCUCCGUGUCACCUUCGCUGUCCUCCUCCUCCUCGAGCUACUCCAGCAUGGCCAACGGCCGGGGCUGGCCGCGGGGCGAGCCCGGUGAGGGAGGCACCAACGAGGACGAGCUGCAGCCGGCGGACGAGGAGCCCCACCGGCUGUCGGAGAUGAAGGCGGAGGGAGCCGGCGCGGAGCCGGCGGCUGGUGGGCGUCUGUCCUACUACCCCACGUACGUGCCGCGGACCCUGAAGCCAACGGUGCCACCGCUGACGCCAGAGCAGUAUGAGAUGUACAUGUACAGGGAGGUGGACACGCUGGAGCUGACCCGGCAGGUCAAGGAGAAGUUGGCCAAGAACGGCAUCUGCCAGAGGAUCUUCGGAGAGAAGGUGCUGGGACUGUCCCAGGGCAGCGUCAGUGACAUGCUGUCGCGGCCCAAACCGUGGAGCAAGCUGACGCAGAAGGGUCGGGAGCCCUUCAUCCGCAUGCAGCUCUGGCUGUCAGACCAGCUGGGCCAGGGGAUCAGCCAGCAGCCCACACCCUCGCAGGCCAGCCCGGCGGAACCCCAGCCGUCCCCCUCACCGCCCCCCAGCCCCACUGAGCACGAGAAGGGCUGCCAGGAGCCCCUCACCCUGGCCUUGGAGAGCAGCAAGGAAAACCAGCAGCCCGAGAGCCGCUCCACGCCUGCGCUGGGUGGGAAGGCAUAUCCCAACAGCCAGGGGCCCGUGGGCAUCCAGGAGAUCGUCGCCAUGUCCCCCGAGCUGGACACCUACUCCAUCACCAAGAAGGUCAAGGAGGUCUUGACGGACAACAAUUUAGGCCAGCGGCUGUUUGGGGAGAGCAUCCUGGGCCUGACGCAGGGCUCGGUGUCCGAUCUCCUCUCCAGGCCCAAGCCGUGGCACAAGCUGAGCCUGAAGGGGAGGGAGCCCUUCGUCCGGAUGCAGCUCUGGCUCAACGACCCCCACAACGUGGAGAAGCUGCGCGACAUGAAGAAGCUGGAGAAGAAGGCCUACCUGAAGCGCCGGUACGGGCUGAUGAGCGCUGGCUCGGACAGCGAAUCCCCCAGCGCCCGCUCCGAGUGCGCCAGCCCCGGCGCGCCGCCGCAGGACCUCAGCCUGCUCCAGAUCAAGAAGCCGCGGGUGGUGUUGGCGCCAGAGGAGAAGGAAGCCCUAAAGAAAGCCUACCAGCUGGAGCCAUAUCCCUCCCAGCAGACCAUCGAGCUGCUCUCCUUCCAGCUCAACCUCAAGACCAACACCGUCAUCAACUGGUUCCACAACUACAGGUCACGGAUGCGCCGAGAGAUGCUGGUGGAGGGCGCGCAGGACAAUGACACGGACCCGGAGCAGAGCGGUGGGACAGCCAUCCCCGGGCGCCGGGCCCCCCCCAGCCCCGAUUCGGACACCGAGGAUCACAAACCCGUGUUCGUGGGGGGCGAGCCCCCCUGUGCCGCCGUUCCCGUGAAGGUGAAGGAGGAGCAGGGGGAUCCGGGUGGCUGGAGCCGCCGGCGGGACUCACGCAGCCCGGCUGGAGCGGCCGAAGGGACCGGACCUCCUCAGGAGGAGCGGGGGGCAGCCCCCCACGCCGCCGCCCCCAGCGCCGGCAGCCUCCCACGGCGGGGAGGCCGCGCCAGUGCCACCGCUGGGGGACCUCUACCGCCGCCACCGCCACAUCCCGACAGCUCCCAGUCCUCCGCGGGGUCAUCCCGUUGCAGCUUGGUGGUCUCCCCAACGUCGCCCUCGGCAGCUUCCUCACCCGGCCUCACCGGCUCAGCCUCGCCAGGACCUUCCUCUGCCGGGCCGGUCUCGCCGGCGCUUCCACCGGCUCCUGGCCCCCGGCUGAGCACCAGCGUCCAGCGGCGCCACGAGAAGAUGGCCAACCUCAACAACAUCAUCCACCGCCUGGAGCGGGCUGCCAACCGCGAGGAGGCCCUCGAGUGGGAGUUCUGAGCCCCCCGCCACCCUAAAUAUAUAUAUACACCCCCCACACAUAUAUAUAUAUAUUUUGAUAAAUGCAGUGUGCACCAGGAGGUGACGAGUGGCUGGCGCCACGGAAGAGAAGCGCCCAUGAAAAAGAGGGGACCCCCCGCCCUCUGUGAAUCCACCCCAUCCCUCUGGCUUUGUUUUAAAUGUGAAAAACUGGGAACAAUUUUAGAAAAGAAAAACAAAAAAAUCAAAAAAUAUUUAUAGACCUCUUUUAGAUAUUUUAAUAAAAGGAUACUUUGGAAUUUAUUAACAGCUUAAGCUGCUUUGAUAUUAAAGAUAGCUAUAAAAUCAAGAUGAUGUAGCAGUCGUGUCAUUAAAUGUACACUGAAGUCUUGUAGUUUGCCACUGGAUGAGAUUAAAAACAAAUAAACAAAACAAAACAAAAAAAAAUAAAACCAACCCACAGAAAAGACUUUUUGAGCAAAGCCAUCAAGAAGCACUAUGAGACUGACCAAAUUUAAGAAACUUUUGCAGUUUCCACCCCUGUCUGUAAGACACUGCAUCGCUUCUGCCCCAGCCAGAGACUGCGUCCUAGUCCCUGAAGACUCUAAAGCCCCCGCCGCCAUCGAGUAUGUAUUUAGUUCUGGUGGUUUAUGUUUUUGGAAACCUUUGUAACACAGAAUGUCCCGUGCGGUUGUAUAUGUUGUAGAAAUGUCUGCAAUAGCCUUCUGGAACAAGAUGUAGCAUGGUCCCAACGCCGUCCCUCGCGCUUCCUCCAGCCGGCAGCCGGUGGCAGCUCCCAUCCGGCAUGGUGCGGCUCGUGCCAGCUCCCAAAGGAAGAGAGAAAAUGAGGCAAAAGCAAAGAAAGCAACCUGAGUGAGCUUGGGAUUUUGGGGGCGGGAUGGGAAAAUGUCCCUGGGUGUGAUGCUUAAGGAUGGUACCAGCUUGCUGGGGAUGGAUAUCCAUGGCAUCCCCGUUCCCCAUCCAUUCAGGAAAGAGAAAGAUGGAGCCUCUGAGCUUUGGCCCUGGAGCAGCAGUGCUUGAGGUGAGCGCCCAAAAAUUGUGAGCCACCCACUCGCAAGCUGAACUUUUUAGGGAGAACUUUUUUAGGGAGAGCGCCUGGGCAGGAAGAGCAUCCCCUUCCCACAGCCAUGUCCCAGGAAGUGGAUGUCAGUGAUGCCAGGGUGAGCUCUGGGAUGUCACAUCAGGCUCCUGCCUAAACUGGGCAAGCUCAACCCUGAGCUGGGCAAAGCACCACCGAGCUUUGGCUUGCCAGGGCUGAUCCUGUGCAGACACAGGAGCUCAGUGGUGGCACCAUCCCGGUGUGGUCCCUGUCACCUCCCUGGACCCACCGCCUCCAGCCGGCCUCUGCUAACGAAAUGCCUUUAACCGAUGUGGAGUGUCCCACACUGGGCUGCUCUGCCCUGUCCCCUGCCCACACGGCAUCAGCCAUCGCCCACCAAGGCCCUGCCAGGCUCCCGGGCGAUGCACUGACUGAUUUUCCACUGUAGACGUUUUUAUCAGAAUAGAAGGUAUUUUUGUAUUCGGGUGGUAGUGGACGAGCAAUGCUGCGUGAGGGCACAGCUCUCCUUGCCUGCCUCUCCUGCCCUGACCAGCCCCAGGGUGCCCAUGGCUGCUCUGCCACCGUGCUGUGGCAGGUGGAGGUGUGACCACUGACUGCCUUCUCCGUUGUGUGCUAGAGGGAGCUUUAGUGGAACGGGAUUUGAGGAAGCACUUAGGAUAGUCCUGAGCACGGCAAUCCUGUUGUAUGAAAGCCAGCGGGACACACCGGUCAUGUUUUUGUUAGGCUCAUGUUCUGUACUUCAAAAGUUUCUAUGAGAUCGAUGAACUUUGUUUAACAAUUUUGGAAGGAACAAGUUCUGUAAAGAGCCACUAAAUACAGAAGUUGGAUACGACUCUGGCCUUGGGGUGUGUUUUGUCUGGAGGUGAUGGAAUGGGAACUCCUCUCACACUUAGCCAGUGUUGGCACCCUCAGAAGUCACAGCUUUGCUUUGGGAUUGUGGCAAGAGCUCUCCUUACCCCAGUGACUGGGGGAUAAUAAAAAAGAGGGUGUUCAAGGGGGUUAGUCCAGCUCAGGGUGUGAUCCUGCCCCAUGAAAUUCCUGUUCUCAUCCCUGCUGCAGGUUUGCUCCUGCCCCUGGAGUAGCUCAGCAUCCUCCAGCGCGAGUUUCAGUUUGGUUUAACAUAAAAUCAUAGUUUCCUGGAAUGGUUUGGGUUAGAAGAGACCUUAAGGAUCAUCUUAGCCCUGCCAUGGGCAGGGACAUCUCCACUAGGCCAGGUUGCCCAAAGCCCUGCCCAAGCUGGCACUGCUGCUGGCACUGUGCCCCAGCACGGCUCUUGUUCGGAGCCAGCCGUGGCUGGGCAAGUCGGCAGCUUCUGACAUCAGGCAGGGCUGUUUGUGUGCUGAAUUAAUAAAUCCAUAUGUUGCAUA